AUGGGCAACCUGCCGGCCGUGCUGCCGGCCACUGCCCGUUCCUGCGGUCUGGGCCUCUGCUCCCGACAGCUUGGCACCGCCACCGAUGAGGCCACUACCACCAACACCAGUGCCACUGAGUGCCGCAGCUCGAUGCCCAGUCACCCUCCUCUGGAGCCCCCCCGCUUCGCCCGGCUGAAGAACUGGGAGACUGGGACCAUCGGCUACGACACCCUGUGUGCCCAGGGACUGCAGGAGGUGCCGUGCUCGGGCCGCCGCUGCCUGGGCUCCUUAGUGUUGCCGCGGACGCUGCCGGCGCCGGUACCGGAGGGCGAACGGACCCCCGCCGAGCUGCUGGCGCUGGCUCGGGACUUCGUCACCCAGUACUACGGGUCCCUGCGGCGGGAGAAUUCCCCAGCGCACACCCAGAGGCUGCGGGAGGUUGAAGCCUCGAUUGCUGCCACUGGCACCUACCAGCUGCUGGAGCCUGAGCUGGUGUUCGGUGCCAAGCAGGCUUGGCGCAACGCUGCCCGUUGUGUGGGGCGCAUCCAGUGGAACAAGCUGCAGGUGUUUGAUGCCCGGGACUGUGCCAACGCAGCGCAGAUGUUCAGCUUCCUCUGCUCCCACAUCCAAUAUGCUACCAACCGUGGCAACAUUCGCUCUGCCAUCACCAUCUUCCCACCACGGGCACCAGGUCGGGGUGAUUUCCGCAUUUGGAACGCACAGCUAAUCCGUUAUGCUGGCUACCGGCAACCUGAUGGCUCCAUACAAGGUGAUCCAGCCAAUGUGGACAUCACUGAGCUCUGCAUCCAGCAUGGUUGGACCCCUGGUGGGGGUCGCUUUGAUGUCCUCCCACUGAUGCUGCAGGUUCCUGAUGAACCCCCCGAGCUCUUCCCACUGCCACCUGAGCUAGUUCUUGAGGUGCCCCUCCAGCACCCAACCCUGCCAUGGUUUGAGGAGAUGGGGCUCCGCUGGUACGCACUGCCUGCUGUGUCCAACAUGCUGCUGGAGAUUGGGGGGCUGCAGUUCCCCGCUGCCCCCUUCAAUGGCUGGUACAUGGGCACUGAGAUUGGCACCAGGAACCUCUGUGACCGUCACCGCUACAACCUGCUGCCGGAGGUGGCUGAGCGCAUGGGGCUGGACACAGGGACAAGCUCAUCACUCUGGAAGGACAAGGCAGCUAUGGAGGUGAACGUGGCUGUGCUCCACAGCUUCCAGCUGGCCAAAGUGACAAUCGUGGAUCACCAUGCAGCCACUGAGUCCUUCAUAAAGCACAUGGAGAAUGAGCUGCGGACACGGGGAGGGUGCCCAGCCGACUGGGUCUGGAUUGUGCCCCCCAUCUCGGGCAGUCUCACCCCUGUCUUCCACCAGGAGAUGGUCAACUACCAGCUCUACCCCACCUUCCGCUACCAGCCUGAUGCCUGGAAGGUCUACGUCUCCAAGGGCACCACCAUCACCAGGCGAAAGACCUUCAAGGAAGUGGCCAAUGCAGUGAAGAUCUCAGCCAAGUUGAUGGGACACAUGAUGGCCCGGCGGGUCAAGGCCACCAUCCUGUAUGCCACUGAGACUGGCAAAUCUCAAACCUAUGCCUGGAACCUCUGCCAGCUCUUCCAGCGUGCCUUUGACCCCAAGGUGCUCUGCAUGGAUGAAUAUGAUGUGGUGUCCCUGGAGCAUGAGACCUUGGUGCUGGUGGUGACCAGCACCUUUGGCAAUGGGGACCCCCCUGAAUGUGCAGAGAGUUUCUCCAAGGCGCUGAUGGAGAUGACCUCUCCCUACACCAGCACAUCCCAGGCUGAGCCACCCAUGAGCUACAAGCUAAGGUUCAACAGCGUCUCCCAGUCUGACCAGCUCGUGGCCUCCUGGAAGAAGAAGCGGCGGCAGCUGAGCAACACUGACAGUGCUGGAGCCCUGGGAGCACUGCGGUUCGCGGUGUUCGGGCUGGGGUCCCGGGCAUACCCCCACUUCUGCGCCUUCGCCCGGGCCGUGGACACUCGGCUGGAGGAGCUGGGCGGGGAGCGGCUGCUUCCCAUGGGGGAGGGUGACGAGCUCUGUGCCCAGGAGGAGACCUUCCGCACCUGGGCACGCCUCGUGUUCCAGGCUGCCUGCGAGACCUUCUGCGUGGGAGAUGCUGCGGGAGGGGCUGAGGAGCUCUUUGCGCCACCCCAAGACUGGAAGCACCAGAAGCACCAGCUGGUGCCACAGCCCCAGGCCACUGACACCCUAUCCGGCCUGUCGCAGCUGCACAAGCGCCGUGUGUUCCCUUGCACGCUGAUUUCCGUGGAGAAUCUGCAGAGCCCCGAGUCCAGCCGAUCGACGCUGCUGGUGCGGCUGGACACGGAUGGGCGGCCGGAGCUGAGGUACCAGCCCGGGGACCACCUCGGGGUGUUCCCGGAGAACAGCCCCGAGCUGGUGGGGGAACUGCUGCAGAGGGUGCAGGGACCUCCCGACCCCGAGCAGCCCGUGCUGGCCCUCAGCGCCCAACGGGACUCCGACGCGGACGCCCCCGGGCAGCCGCAGAGCCGCCUGCCCCCCUGCAGCCUGGCCCAGGCCCUCACCUUCUUCCUGGACGUGGCAGCACCCCCGAGCCCGCAGUUCCUGCAGCUCCUGGCCACGCUGGCCACCGAGCCUCAGCAGAGGCAGCAACUGGAGAGACUGGGACAGGACGCGCGGCUGUACGAGGAGUGGAAGUGGUUCCGCUGCCCCACGCUGCUGGAGGUGCUGGAGGAGUUCCCAUCGGUGCGGCUGCCCCCGGCUCUGCUCCUCACGCAGCUGCCGCUGCUCCAGCCCCGAUACUACUCCAUCAGCUCCGCGCCGGGCCCCAGCCCCGGCCAGAUCCACCUCACCGUGGCCGUGGUCACGUACCGCAGCGAGAACGGGCAGGGGCCGCUGCACUACGGCGUCUGCUCCACCUGGCUGGCGAGGCUACAGCCCGGGGACACCGUGCCCGCCUUCAUCCGAGGGGCCCCGUCGUUCCGGCUGCCAGCCGCGCCUGAAGCCCCCUGCAUCCUGGUGGGUCCCGGCACCGGUGUCGCCCCCUUCCGGAGCUUCUGGCAGCACCGGCUGCAUCAGCUGCGCGCCGGAGGUGGCCCGCUGGGCAGCAUGGUGCUGGUGUUCGGGUGCCGCGCAGCCGCGCUGGACCACAUCUACCGGGAGGAGAUGGAGGAGGCCCAGGAGCAGGGGGCCCUCAGCCAGGUCUUCACUGCCUUCUCACGCCAGCCCGGGACACCCAAGACGUACGUGCAGGAUGUACUGCGGACACAGCUGGCAGCAGAGGUGCACCGGGUGCUGUGCCAGAGCGGGGGGCACAUGUACGUCUGCGGGGACGUCACCAUGGCCACCGAGGUGCUGCAGACUGUGCAGCACAUCCUGGCACAAGAGGCUGGCAUGACGCUGGGCCAGGCUGGCGACUUCAUCAGCGAGCUGCGGGACAAGAACCGCUACCACGAGGACAUCUUCGGGCUCACCUUCCGCACGCAGGAGGUGGCCUUCCGCAUCCGCAGCCAGUCCUUCUCUGCCCAGCCACGCCCGCAGCUGGAGCCUGCGCCCUGAGCCUGGCACUGCCAGAGCUGGAAGGAUGCCCAUGGACAGAGGGGCCCCCGCAGUCGUGCCCCCUGCCCCACUGCUGGCACUGCUGCCGCCUCCCCAGUAAAGCUUUAGUUUUGAUAA